UCCGAAGGGCAGACCCGCCUCGAGGAGGGCGGAUCCGGCCGGGGCAGGCCGCCGGGCCCUCAUCCGACCCCCGCGAGCGCGGCCCAGCGCGGCGCCCGCUCCUCACGUGUCCCUCCCGGCCCCGGACCGCCUCACGUUCUGCUUCCGCCCGACCCUUCCGACUUCCGAGGUCGAAACAGUAACAAAGGCCUGCCUCAGUCUAUGAUUUCUUUUGAUGGAAUCUAUGCAAAUAUGAGGAUGGUUCAUAUACUUACAUCAGUUGUUGGAUCCAAAUGUGAAGUACAAGUGAAAAACGGAGGUAUAUAUGAAGGAGUUUUUAAAACAUACAGUCCUAAGUGUGAUUUAGUACUUGACGCUGCACAUGAGAAAAGUACAGAAUCCAGUUCGGGGCCAAAACGUGAAGAAAUAAUGGAGAGUAUUUUGUUCAAGUGUUCAGACUUUGUUGUGGUACAAUUUAAAGAUAUGGACUCCAGUUAUGCAAGAAGAGAUGCUUUUACUGACUCUGCUAUCAGUGCUAAAGUGAAUGGUGAACACAAGGAGAAGGACCUGGAGCCCUGGGAUGCCGGGGAACUCACCACCAGUGAGGAACUGGAGGCUUUGGAAAAUGAUGUCUCUAAUGGAUGGGAUCCCAAUGAUAUGUUUCGGUAUAAUGAAGAAAAUUAUGGUGUAGUGUCUACAUAUGAUAGCAGUUUAUCAUCAUAUACGGUGCCCUUAGAAAGAGAUAACUCAGAAGAAUUUUUAAAACGAGAAGCAAGGGCAAACCAGUUAGCAGAAGAAAUUGAAUCAAGUGCCCAGUACAAAGCCCGAGUGGCCCUGGAAAAUGAUGAUAGGAGUGAAGAAGAAAAAUACACUGCAGUUCAGAGAAAUUCCAGUGAACGUGAGGGCCACAGCAUAAACACUAGGGAAAAUAAAUAUAUUCCUCCUGGACAAAGAAAUAGAGAAGUCAUAUCCUGGGGAAGUGGGAGACAGAAUUCACCGCGUAUGGGCCAGCCUGGAUCGGGCUCCAUGCCAUCAAGAUCCACCUCUCACACUUCAGAUUUCAACCCGAAUUCUGGUUCAGACCAAAGAGUAGUUAACGGAGGUGUUCCCUGGCCAUCGCCUUGCCCAUCUCCUUCCUCUCGCCCACCUUCUCGCUACCAGUCAGGUCCCAACUCUCUUCCACCUCGGGCAGCCACCCCUACACGGCCGCCCUCCAGGCCCCCCUCGCGGCCAUCCAGACCCCCGUCUCACCCCUCUGCUCAUGGUUCUCCAGCUCCUGUCUCUACUAUGCCUAAACGCAUGUCUUCAGAAGGGCCUCCAAGAAUGUCCCCAAAGGCCCAGCGGCACCCUCGAAAUCACAGAGUUUCUGCUGGGAGGGGUUCCAUUUCCAGUGGCCUAGAAUUUGUAUCCCAUACCCCACCAAGUGAAGCAGCUGCUCCUCCAGCAGCAAGGACCAGUCCUGCGGGGGGCACGUGGUCAUCAGUGGUCAGUGGGGUUCCAAGAUUAUCCCCUAAAACUCACAGACCCAGGUCUCCUAGACAGAACAGUAUUGGAAAUACUCCUACUGGGCCAGUUCUUGCUUCUCCCCAAGCUGGUAUUAUUCCAGCUGAAGCUGUUGCUAUGCCUGUUCCAGCUUCGUCUCCUACGCCUGCCAGUCCUGCAUCCAACAGAGCUGUUACCCCAUCUAUUGAGGCUAAGGAUUCCAGACUUCAAGAUCAGAGGCAGAACUCUCCUGCAGGGAAUAAAGAAAAUAUGAAGCCCAAUGAGACAUCACCUGGCUUCUCAAAAGCUGAAAAUAAAGGUAUAUCACCAAUUGUUUCUGAACAUAGAAAACAGAUUGAUGAUUUAAAGAAAUUUAAGAAUGAUUUUAGGUUACAGCCAAGUUCUACUUCUGAAUCUAUGGAUCAACUGCUAAACAAAAAUAGAGAGGGAGAAAAAUCAAGAGAUUUGAUCAAAGACAAAAUUGAACCAAAUGCUAAGGAUUCUUUCAUUGAAAAUAGCAGCAGCAACUGCACCAGUGGCAGCAGCAAGCCCAGCAGCCCCAGCAAUUCCCCUUCAAUCCUCAGUAACACGGAGCACAAGAGGGGACCUGAGGUCACAUCCCAAGGAGUUCAGACUUCCAGCCCAGGAUGUAAACAAGAGAAAGAUGAUAAAGAGGAGAAGAAAGACGCAGCCGAGCAAGUGAGGAAAUCAACACUGAAUCCCAAUGCAAAGGAGUUCAACCCUCGUUCCUUUUCUCAGCCAAAGCCUUCUACCACCCCAACUUCACCUCGUCCUCAAGCACAACCCAGCCCAUCUAUGGUGGGUCAUCAGCAGCCAACUCCAGUUUAUACUCAACCUGUUUGUUUUGCACCAAAUAUGAUGUAUCCAGUCCCAGUGAGCCCAGGCGUGCAACCUUUAUACCCUAUACCUAUGACGCCCAUGCCAGUGAAUCAAGCCAAGACAUAUAGAGCAGUACCAAAUAUGCCCCAACAGCGGCAAGACCAGCAUCAUCAGAGCGCCAUGAUGCACCCAGCCUCAGCAGCAGGCCCCCCAAUUGUGGCCACCCCCCCAGCUUAUUCCACACAGUACGUUGCCUACAGUCCUCAGCAGUUUCCAAAUCAGCCUCUUGUUCAGCAUGUGCCACAUUACCAGUCUCAGCAUCCUCAUGUCUAUAGUCCUGUAAUACAGGGUAAUGCUAGAAUGAUGGCACCACCAACACACGCCCAGCCUGGUUUAGUAUCUUCCUCCGCGACUCAGUACGGGGCUCACGAGCAGACGCAUGCCAUGUAUGCAUGUCCCAAAUUACCAUACAACAAGGAGACAAGCCCUUCUUUCUACUUUGCCAUUUCCACUGGCUCCCUUGCUCAGCAGUAUGCGCACCCUAAUGCUACCCUACACCCACAUACUCCACAUCCUCAGCCUUCAGCUACCCCCACCGGACAGCAGCAAAGCCAACAUGGUGGAAGCCAUCCUGCACCCAGUCCUGUUCAGCACCAUCAGCACCAGGCCGCCCAGGCUCUCCAUCUGGCCAGUCCACAGCAGCAGUCAGCCAUUUACCACGCGGGGCUCGCGCCAACCCCACCUUCCAUGACACCUGCCUCCAAUACGCAGUCGCCACAAAAUAGUUUUCCAGCAGCACAACAGACCGUCUUUACGAUUCAUCCUUCUCAUGUUCAGCCGGCAUAUACCAAUCCACCCCACAUGGCCCACGUACCUCAGGCUCAUGUACAGUCAGGAAUGGUUCCUUCUCAUCCAACUGCCCAUGCGCCAAUGAUGCUAAUGACGACACAGCCACCCGGCGGUCCCCAGGCCGCCCUCGCUCAAAGUGCACUACAGCCCAUUCCAGUCUCGACAACAGCGCAUUUCCCCUAUAUGACGCACCCUUCAGUACAAGCCCACCACCAACAGCAGUUGUAAGGCUGCCCUGGAGGAACCGAAAGGCCAAAUUCCCUCCUCCCUUCUACUGCUUCUACCAACUGGAAGCACAGAAAACUAGAAUUUCAUUUAUUUUGUUUUUAAAAAAAUAUAUGUUGAUUUCUUGUAACAUCCAAUAGGAAUGCUAACAGUUCACUUGCAGUGGAAGACAUUUGGACCGAGUAGAGGCAUUUAGGAACUUGUGGGCUGUUCCAUAAUUCCAUACGCUGUUUCAGAGUCCCGCAAGUACCCCAGCUCUGCUUGCUGAAACUGGAAGUUAUUUAUUUUUUAAUGACCCUCGAAAGUCAUGAACACAUCAGCUAGCAAAAGAAGUAACAAGAGUGAUUCUUGCUGCUAUUACCGCUUAAAAAAAAAAAUCAAGACUUGGAACGCCCUUUUACUAAACUUGACAAAGUUUCAGUAAAUUCUUACCGUCAAACUGACGGAUUAUUAUUUAUAAAUCAAGUUUGAUGAAGUGAUCACUGUCUACAGUGGUUCAACUUUUAAGUUAAGGGAAAAACUUUUACUUUGUAGAUAAUAUAAAAUAAAAACUUAAAAAAAAUUAAAAAAUAAAAAAAGUUUUAAAAACUGAUAUCAAGUUAGUGUGUGUUUGUAUAAGCUAUUUCUAUUAUAGGAUAUGUAAUAUCAAGGCAGGAGGGCUGAGUGUGUUUUCUUAAUAUCCUGGAAGGUUAGUUGUCAAAUGAUUUUUCUUCUUCACCUUUAGUUCUGGUUCAAGGUAUCUCUAGAAAAAGACAAGACUGAAAUAUUCUCUUUGGUGGAUAGAGGUCUGCUUCAGAAGGAGGAAAGCUGGCCAGAGUUGGGCAGCACUGAAAUUCCACAUCCUCAUGAUGCUGAUUCUAAAUGAUCAAAGGCAGAAGAUUUAUACCAGAUAAAGCCAUAUGGAUUGCUGGUCUAAAUUCAAGGCAGCAGCCUGUGUCAGAGCCACCCAGGUCAGCCUACUCGGAGCCACACAACUCUAGGGGCAGAGCCAGGUCUGAGCCCAAGCCUGCAGAGGAUCCGAGCCAGUGUGCCUAACUACUGUGCUGCCUGAUGGGGGAAGAUGCCAGAGGCUUGGCCCAGAUUGGAGAGGCGAGUGAGAGCACGGGGACAGGACAACCCCACUGGUGGCCACAGCCCAGCUGGAUGGUCCAGAACAGGACUCAGGAGCACUAGCUGCUGUGAAGGGACCAGUGGAUUCCUUUUUGCUUGAGUAAUAAGAUGGGAUAGAGCUGUGAUGAAGAAACCCAAAUCCAAACCCUGGGGCUGUGUCAGCAGCUACAGGAACAUUUGGGGGCUUCAGGUUCCCCUUUUUCUCACAUGCUCUCUAUUCUACCUGCCUCACAGAUCAAACCAGGCCAGGAAGCAGCUGCUCUCUGGACCCACCUCAGAGUCACACUGUGCUUGGGUGAUCAAAAUAGCCAAACCAUUCCAGGUAUAUCUGUGGUACAAACAGUAGAAUGUCACCCCCCACAUCCAGUGGCACCCACUCCUGGGGAGGAAGUCUUCUCAACUCCCAGCAUCCAAAAAGCUGGCUUCUUUUUAUGGCCAUUAUGACUCCAGUGGGAAUAACUCAUUUCUUUCUUUGCUCUGGCUGCCCGGAAGCUCAAAGACAAAGGUUGCAGACCUGCUCUGACUGUCCUCACAUUUCUAUAGCUGACUUUAUCCGAGCUGUAUAAUUCUCUUAUGCCUCUAGGCCUUAGGGUUCAGUUCCAACCUUGCCACUUGUAUAACCCUGGACAAGCGGCUCAGCCCUCCAUGCCUUAGUUUUGUCAUCUGUAAGGCGGAGGUAUUUAGUAGUCCGUCUGUUUCCACAGGGUUGGUAUGGUGAUUGGGUGAGCUACUGCAAGUGAAAGAAAUGCCUGACUGACAAACAACUGUUAAAUUUCCAGGCUGGGGUCUGAGGCCAGCCAAGCUACAGUGUGACAGUAUUACAGUCCUACAGUGUUAAAUACUACAGCUUUCCCUCCGAAGGACCCAGAAGCUUGGGGCUCACCUGCUUUCUCUCAACCUUACAGACCCUGUUUGUGAUACCCUGCAGUGAAAUUCCACAUAAUAGAACCUACCUACAUACAUACCUAAGAGAACGGGAAGACAGCGGAAUAUAAUUUAUAUUAAAAUAAAAGGACUUCCAAUGUGACCGUGCAGACAACACAAUGA